CAGUCUUCGUUCGGGAGAUAAAACUAGGAGAGCCUGGGCUCUAUUCCAAAAUGGCGACCAAACAAUCACCAAGAACACAGAAUCAAAUUUUCAUCCCAAUACCAUUACUAUUCUGCUUCAAACAAUCUUAAUUCACUCGCAGUAAAACAUGGAUCUACUUGGUUCUAUCCUUAACAGUAUGGAUGCUCCGCCAAAAACGGAGGAUUCGAAGGCUAGAGAAAAAAGAGCAAAACUUGCUAAGCUUCAAAAAGAGGAGAGAAAGAAAAAAGCUGAUUUUAGAGAAAAAGUUGAAAAAGACGUAAAUAAAUUUAUUAAUGAUGCAAAGCGAACUAGGCUCAAGUUUCCCCCAAUGAACAAAGUCCAGAGGAGUAUUGUCCAUGAUGUUGCUGAGAUAGGUGGUCUGACAACCUUUUCAUUUGGUGAAGAUGAAGUUGACAGAUAUGUCAUGCUCUUUAAAAAGGAAUCCCCUCCACCUGAUGAGGAGCUGGAGGCCUACAGAAAUGGAGAGGAGUAUGAUCCAGAGGUGGCUAAGAAGAAGAAGAAAGCCCAGGUCUCAAGUUUACAAACAUCUGAGGAAAGUGCUACCAAUAUGUUUGCAUCAGGUGCGCCGUAUUGGCCUGCUAGCAAAGCCCCCAAAGGUCCUGGGACUUCUGCUGGUACAUUCUAUAAGGACAAAUACAAGCAUUUGCUAGGUGAAUCAAGUGGAAAGGCCGCUGCUACCACUACCAAGAGUAACACAUCUUAUGGAGUAGUUCCAAGCGAGAAUAAACGUGACCUACGUUCUAUUGAGGAGACCCUCAAUGACAUAAGAAAACGCAAACGGCAUAGGCCUAAUGAAGAUGGUGAAGGCCAACCAGAGGACCCUGGACAAAAAUGAGUUUUGUGGGUCCUAGUACUGGUAUCAUCCCGUAGCUGGGUUGUAUAUUAUGUAAGCCAAGACAUUCAACAAGUUCUCUACCAAAGGUUGUGAUCGGGAAGGACUCAUAUUUUAGAUUUUCACUGUGAUGUUUGACUGUGCAGUAGCAAAAAUGGACUACUGGAUGGUUUAACUGCUCGCCUGCUUUGUUAUACUAGCUUGGUCAGAGAGCUCUGGAAUAUGUUACGAAUAUACAAAGAACCAAAUUUCUACUGCACUCCUUAUAUAACUAUAAGAGGAAGUUUCCAGUAAUCGUAUUAUGAAUUUUCAAAUUGUAAAAAAAAUAUCAGCUUCACAAAAGGCGGGCGAGGGGGGGGGGGGGGGGGGGGGGGGGGGCGCUUUCAUCUGUGUGCACCCUUACCCCUCUUAUUAAAGUUUUAAUAAUACGUAUGGAAGCUAAAAGCUCAAAAUCCCCCCCCCCCCCCCCCCCCCCCCCGCCGGUGGCCCACAUAUGUUUUAUAUAUUGGUGCCCAGUACACAAAUCUGGAUUCGCCCUUGUCGGCGAAUGUAUACCUACGAAAUUCAAAUGCAAUCAGUUCCGUAUCUUAUAUAAAAGGCCCGAAGACAAUAAAUUUUUCUCUGUA